GGACAAUCAGAGGGCCAGUUUUUCUGCGUUUGUCGCUCUCUGCGUCCGUCCAGGGAGAGAUCUUUCCGCAGCUGAGUGCGCACUCACUCCGUUCGCAGACCCCUAGCGAUGAUGAUGGGUCGUUCCGGCAUCGUGUUGGUUGGCCUGGCUGCCCUCCUGCAGCCUCUCCUCGCCCAUGGCCGACGUAAGCCGCACCACACUACACCACCAGCACCUCCACACACCGAAUGGACCUCACAUCGUGGCAGAUCUGUCCAUAUUGGUGUGGUUUUCUGCUGUUGUUGCGAUAUGGCCUUUGGGUAGCUGAUCUAUGGCUGCAGAGAUGUCGGCGGAAGCCGAAACUCUUGGGCAAGGUAGGCAGACAGCCGAUCCAUCCAUCCAUCCAUCCAUCCAUCCAUCCAUCCAUCCGUCGGAUGUGUGUGUGUGUGUUUUGUGUGCAGGGGGGGAGAUGGCGGCGUUUCAGCAGCAGAUGUCGCUCGUGCAGCUGCAGCUGGACCACGUCGCCAGCAGCAUCACCGCCGCCCACAAGAUGACGGCCGCCGCCAUGGGAGCCAUCGACAACGCCCACCGCACCAUCCUCCUUCAGAUGAAUGCCGCCGAAAAGGCCACUCAGCAGCCGGGUAGUGCGCAAACCGACAGACACCCAGACGGAACGACGUGCGGCCGUCUAUCUGUGUGCGUGUGCAGAAAAAUUGUGCGAGCUGUGUGCAAAGAUGGCCAGCGACAAGGAGGACUACUUUUGCCUGGCCAGGGAGGAGCUAGAGACGGACAAGGAGUAACAGGUGUUCGCCGUGAUCGAAGACGGCGAGUGCGUCUCUGGUGAGGACGCGAUCGCGACGAUUGGCGCGGAGCAACUGUCUGAGAUGAGGGGCGUUUGCCACCAAACCGAACAGGAGAUGCAUGGAGGAGAGCCGCAAAUCUGGUGCGGGUUGGUGGCCAGCACGGCUUAGACAGAGAUGUAGAAGGCAAAGGAGGGAGAGAGAGGGGGAGAGAGGGAAAGAGGGGGACACUUCUGCUGACAGCGUUAGAUAGCUGAGCAGCUACACCGGGUGGUGCAGACAGACGGGCUGGCGGGACACACACAUGGGGGACACGGACACACAGAGUUUUAGUGGUCAUCUUGGAGUGUGUGCGUGUGUGAUUUGGAUUAUCCCAUCGGCUGUCUGUGUGUGGCUGUGGCUGCCUGUAUGUGUUGUGUUGGUGGAUGGACU